AUUUCUGAUUACGUAUUCAAUUGGGAACCAUUUUGAUCGGUAGAACGACUCCUUGAUAUUGAAACCCUAGCUCUUUAUUAUAUGUAUACACACAUAUAAUAUACAGGAGAAGAUGAGUGUGGAUCUAGCUUCGAACACCUACGGGAACCUAGACGAGCAGAUUUCACAGCUCAUGCAGUGCAAGCCCUUAACCGAGCCUGAGGUUAGGACAUUAUGUGAGAAGGCGAAAGAGAUACUCAUGGGUGAAAGCAAUGUUCAGCCAGUAAAAAGCCCUGUGACCAUCUGUGGUGACAUUCAUGGGCAAUUUCAUGAUCUUGCUGAACUUUUUCGCAUAGGAGGAAAGUGCCCGGAUACAAAUUACUUGUUUAUGGGGGAUUACGUGGAUCGAGGGUAUUAUUCUGUUGAAACUGUAACGCUCUUGGUGGCUCUGAAAGUGCGGUAUCCUCAACGAAUCACAAUUCUGAGGGGAAAUCAUGAAAGCCGUCAGAUCACUCAAGUUUAUGGGUUUUAUGACGAAUGUCUUCGGAAGUAUGGCAAUGCUAAUGUUUGGAAGACUUUUACAGAUCUCUUUGAUUAUUUUCCAUUGACUGCAUUGGUUGAAUCAGAAAUAUUCUGUCUUCAUGGUGGGUUGUCACCUUCAAUUGAAACUCUUGAUAGUAUAAGAAAUUUUGAUCGUGUUCAAGAGGUUCCACAUGAAGGCCCAAUGUGCGAUCUUUUAUGGUCUGACCCAGAUGACCGUUGCGGUUGGGGCAUUUCACCCCGUGGAGCUGGAUACACCUUCGGCCAAGAUAUAUCUGAGCAAUUUAACCAUACCAACAACCUAAAGCUUAUUGCUAGAGCUCAUCAGCUGGUCAUGGAGGGAUUCAACUGGGGACAUGACCAAAAGGUUGUCACCAUCUUUAGUGCACCAAACUAUUGCUAUCGAUGUGGGAACAUGGCAUCUAUCUUGGAAGUUGAUGAUUGCAAGGGCCAUACGUUUAUUCAGUUUGAUCCUGCUCCUAGAAGAGGAGAACCUGAUGUAACAAGACGAACGCCUGAUUAUUUCCUGUAACCAAUGGAAUUGGACAACGAUCGCUUGCUUGCUGGUAAACUGGUUCGUGAUGGUCCUUGCUGGGAUUGCGCUUUUGUUUGAUACAAUGGUAUGGCCAAUAAUGUGGUUAAAAUUCAAGAGGAGUGCAAGGGAAGGACCAAAUGGCUUGUAAAAUGGUUCUCAUUUUCAAAUUCAUGGUUGAAGUGCUGGGGUUUAAAGGGGGUACUCAGUAGUUUGAAUUAAGAUGCAUAAUUAACAUUUGUAUCAAGCAAUUACCCAUUUGAUAUUUUGUUUAUUAAUGUCGUUUACCGGUUAAGUUUGUUUCCUAAAGAGAAGGGAUCAAUCGGUAGAUGGUUUGUUAUCCGUAGAAGGUGAAUGAACCCCGAAGAUUCUUAAUUUCGGUUUUAACGCU